AUGGCAAUGAAGCGAUUCACUUCCCUCUGCCGUCGAUUCCAACGAGACAAACAAUUCGAAGCCGACUAUCACGCCGUAAUACAAGAAUACUUGGAAUUAGGACAUAUGACGAAGAUCACCACGGACCACUGCACGGACGACGGAUAUUUUCUGCCACAUCACGGCGUGAUCAAAGAAUCCAGCCGGACUACAAAACUCCGAGUUGUGUUCGACGGAUCUGCACCAACCACCACCGGAGAUCGGAAAUUCCAACAAAUCUUGUGGCGCAACUCGGACGGAGAAGUGGACAUCUAUCAACUUAACACAGUGACAUUCGGGCUGUCAGCGGCCCCCUAUCUAGCCAUUCGGUGCCUCAAACAACUGGUAGACGACGAGGGACAUCGAUACCCACGAGCAGCGAUGGUCUUACAGCGAGACUUCUUCGUCGACGAUGUUCUCACAGGAGCCGAUACAAAGAACGAGGCACAAUCACUGAGAACGGAGCUCAUAGAGUUGCUUAAAUUAGCCGGCUUAAACAUCCGAAAAUGGGCAGCGAACGACCGGGAACUGCUACGAGGACUUUCCGAGCAGGACAUAAACGAUAAGCUGCUACUAGGCGAAUCGCAAACUUUCAAAACUCUGGGUGUUGUUUGGAAUUCCUUUGACGAUUCGAUCCUAUAUUCCGUCAAAAUCAAUCCUACCGCCUCUCGAAUUACGAAGAAAACAAUCAGCUCCGAAAUUGCCAAGAUCUACGACCCUCUUGGAUUACUGGCACCAGUGAUCGUUCGCGCUAAGAUGUUGCUCCAUCGACUUUGGACUUUAAAACUUGACUGGGACGAAUCUCUUCCGGCUGACGUACAUACAGAAUGGAGCAAAUAUUAUUCACAGCUACCUUUGCUAAAUAACGUGAAGUUUCCACGUAAAACUAUAAUCAAGACUGCAGCGGAAAUUGAAUUACACGGAUUCUGCGACGCCAGCGAAAGGGCGUAUGGGGCAUGCGUCUACCUUCGCACCAUCGCUCCGGAUGGUCAUGUUUGGACACGACUCCUCACUGCAAGGUCAAAGGUGGCUCCACUCAAAUCACAAACCAUUCCAAGGCUGGAACUGAGUGGAGCACUUCUUCUCGCAUCAUUGGCCACUACAGUCCUUCAAGCGUUACCAAGCAACAUUUCUCGGACCGUUUACUGGACUGAUUCUACAAUCGUUUUACACUGGAUUAAUACAUCACCCCAUACGCUGAAAACCUUCGUCGCCAAUCGUGUGACAGAGAUUCAACAAAAGACUCACACCUCAGAUUGGCGCCACAUUCCCACUACCGAUAACCCUGCAGAUCUCAUAUCUCGAGGCCAAUCACCCCAAGACUUCCUGCGAUCUACCAUUUGGCAACAUGGACCAGAAUGGCUCCAACAACCUGAAAAAUACUGGCCGUCGUGGAACCCAGUACCAUUAGUUGAAAUACCAGAGCAAAAGAAGGCAACAUGUCUGUCCGUGACUCCGCCUGACCACAGUCUACUGGAGAGAUAUUCUUCUUGGCCCAAGCUGAUAAGAAUUACCGCUCAUUGCCUCCGAUGGAGGCAAAAACAGGAUCGGGGGGACCUCUAA